CCAGCAACCUCGGGGUUCUUCUGCUCUGGACUACUCGUCGACGUGGCCAACGUCAACCACGCCAGCAUGCCUGCACCAUCCGGCGACCUUGAACGUCUAUCCAUCCUGGGAUGGAGCCAGAUACGCAUUCCUACACCAAAGGAGCGCGACUAUAUCCAGAAUCUUAUAUCCCAAGACGAACGCACGACGCGCUCCUGA